AUGGGGGUGCCCUACUGCAUCGUCAAGGGAAAGGCCAGGCUGGAGCGCCUGGUCCACAGGAAGACAUGCACCACUGUUGCCUUCACACAGGUUAACUCGGAAGGCAAGGGUGCUCUGGCCAAGCUGGUGGGAGCUAUUAGGACCAAUUAUAAUGACAAAUAUGAUGAGAUCCGCCUCCACUGGGGAGGCAGCAUCCUGGGUCCUAUGUCUGCGGCUCGCAUUGCCAAGCUGGAAAAGGCAAAAGCUAAAGAACUUGCCACUAACCUGGGUUAA